CGGUAAGAAGAAGUAACCCAAGUUGAAAGCAACGCAACUCAAUUUCAUUAAGAAAUGUUGAUUUCUUUUGCCAAAGCUCAGCCACUAUGGAGAGCAAGUUUUAUUCCUUUGGGAAGUAGGGCGUUGGGAAUGCGUGGUCUGAGCUUAUUAAGUGAUCUCAAUAAUCGUCCUAAUGUCAAAAACAGCAAACGCGUAGGACGUGGACCUGCGAGUGGAAAAGGUAAAACAAGUGCCCGCGGACAUAAAGGAUCUGGUCAGAGACGUGGCAGAAGAAUCAAGCCUGGUUUUGAGGGUGGUCAAACCCCGAUUACAAAAUUGUUCCCUAAAAUUGGAAGAAGUACGAGAGAAAUAAAAAACUACGUGCCAUUAGGUCUUGGUCGUGUUCAUGCAUGGAUUAGAAGCGGUAGAUUGGAUAGCAGCAAACCAAUUCUGAUGAAGCAGCUUUUGGACAGUCGAUGCUGUCGAGGUAUCAAGGAUGGCGUUGAAUUGGUAGCAGACGGUAAGGCUGAAGAAUUAAACAUCCCCAUCCAUAUUGAAGUAACAAAGGCAACGAAAGAAGCUAUUGAAUGUGUGGAAAAAGCUGGAGGUACCGUGAAAACAGUAUACUUCAAUUCUCUCGGACUUCGCGCUCAUUUAUAUCCUGAGCGCUUCCGCACGCUUCCUCGUCAAUCGCUUCCAUCAGCCAAAAAGGAUAUUUUAUAUUACACCAAUCCAGAAAAUCGCGGAUACUUAUCAAAUGUCAAUUUGCGAGAACAUUAUUAUGGUGAUCAGCGAUUUCCCUAUGAAGCUUCAGCGGAUCAAAAGACGAAAUAGAAAUUUCAUUAAUUUUCAAUGGCGUAUCCACCAUUACUUUGUCAGUUUUAUUACUUCUUUUUCAAUAUAAUGUUCCUUUAAUGAACCCAUCGUGAUUAUAGGGCUGAUUUUUGUUUCGUUGAAAAAGAAUUUCAUAUCGGAUUAAUGCGUCUUGUUACAAUAAAGAAAAUAGUACAAGAUUGCGUUGCAUUACGAUUUGCAUCUGUCAUAAUUGAAGCUUUGGAAUUUUGACGAUUUCCCUUAUUUUGUAUUUUAAAUAAUAAUCUAUCAUUCAGAACAUGGAAUCUUCCUUAAAAAGUAUCUAGCCA